UCCACUCUUAAUUCCCCAACUUAAACUCUAAUUCAAAUUUCUCCCAAUUCUAAUAAUUCGUGGAUAGCCUCUUUCAAAAUCAUAGCCCCGCAAAUUUCCCAUCUAGCCAUUCACAACAACAUUUUAUAUGUUGCAUCUCUCAAUGAAAUCAUUGCCUUCGAUUUAAAAAUCUAUGAACUAAUCGGCACAUUAAAUUCAUCUUUUGGCUUAGUAAAAUCAAUUUCCUUUUACCAAAACAAAAACCCUCACAGUCCAUCAAGAUUGCAAAAUUAGAAUUUGUCAACUAAAACCCAAUGGAAAUAGAAGAUGGUGGUUCCUUGUAUAAACCUAAACACAAGAUUUCUCACACUUUCUCAGACUUCAUGAUUAGGAUUGCAAAGUUUGAUGAAUUAGCUGAAGUGGGAAGUAGAUUACUAGUUGGUUUUCAACAAGGACUUGUUUGCUUGCUUUUGUCAGAGUAUCUGCGGCGUCAACCGAUUGAAAAGAAUUCUGAAUUGGUCGAGAUAUUAUUAGAGACAAUGAAACUGAGAGGCUUUCCUCCUACAUAGAAGCUGGAUGUCUGAAUGCUCAUGAUUCUGUACAAAAUAUGUCCAAGUUACAUACAUGCCACCUUGGUCUUCAAGAUCACGUAAACAAAGCGAAGUGUGUAGUUGAUGAACUAGCAUGUCUUUUAAAGGAUGCGAAAGCUGUAGUGCAAUCGAUAAAUUGUUGUUUGGCUCAAAAGGGGGAACUAAAUGUUGGCAAUGGUAAAGAUUUGUUGGAAACCUCUCAUGAUGAAGAAGAAGCAUCGUCUGUUGAUUCUCUGAAACAUGUAGUCAUUGAUAUUGCAACACUGAUGGCUAUAGUGUACUCCAUGGUAAAAAGUGACUACACAAUGCAGGAAAAAAUUGUUUCUUCCCUUAACCUCACUUCACCUUCCGGAGAAUUGGAUAGCUAUUCCAGCAUGUGGUCGUUGCACCCUUACAUAGAUGAUGAAAUCAUGCAUAAAGCUUGGAAACUUGUCCGCUAACUCGUUCUAUAGCAGAAAAAGCUCUACUGUAUCGUUUUCUUUCUGGAAAUUCGCUUGAAGCCGUAGCAAAAUGCAGUUGGGAGAUAAGAAAAAAAGACAGACGAAAGGAAGUACCGGAAAUUAUAGGAGUUUGGGGGUUGAAGAAGGUUUUGAUAUUGAAGAUUAUUAAUUAUUGGUUCAAGUAUGUAAUUGUGUUAUAGCAGUGAAUCAAGUGGAUUAACACAUUUACUUCUUUCUUUUAGGAAUUUACGCAAUGAUUUUUUCGCUUUCACUUUCAAACACCUGCUGAUAACUAGAGUCAUUCUUUGAUAUACACCGGCUAUGAGUCAGGUUCAUUAGAGUUUGAUCAAUCCUACUUUUUGUCAUUAACACUCUAAUUUAUAAGUAAUUCUAACAAAAGUUUUCAUUA